AUGGCAGAGCUUACAGGCAGCACCGCAGCAAAGCAGAGGCAGGAAGUGUGGAGAGGCAAGCGUGUGUUCUUUCUCACUCCUCAGGUCAUGGUGAAUGAUCUGUCUAGAGACACCUGUCCAGCUCAGCAAGUCAAGUGUGUUGUGAUAGACGAGGCCCAUAAAGCUCUGGGAAACCAUGCCUACUGUCAGGUUAUCCGACAACUCUGGAGUCAAACUAAACAAUUCCGGAUUUUGGCUCUGAGUGCCACUCCUGGUGGAGACACAAAGUCUGUACAGUGUGUGAUCUCCAACCUGCUCAUCUCUCACAUUGAGCUGCGUUCAGAGGAAAGCCCUGAUAUCCAAGCCCAUUCCCAUCAGCGCAGUGUGGACAAGAUAGUGGUCCCACUGGGAGAGGCUCUGUCUGCGUAUCAAACACGAUACAUACAGGUAUGUUUUAUUGCUUAG